AUGGCCCAUGAAACGCGACAAAUGUUCAAAGAAGCUCUUACUUCAAUGCUUAAAGGGAAUUCAUUUCAGAGUAAAAAUGAUGACGAUAUUCUGGAACGACUUUAUCGCGACGUAUCGGCGAUUCUCGAAUCUCACGACGAUCGCCUCGAACACGGCAACGUCGAUGGCUCAGGGGUUUCUUUCGAGAACAAGAUGUACGCUGACCUAUACGACGAACUGGAGAAGGUUCGCAAUAUGCUCCUCAUUCAACACAACAUCAAUCAGAAGCAGACAACUGAGAUAAAUUUGUUGCAAGAGGAGAUGGAGGCUGUGAAGGUACGCUAUGAAACGAAACUGAAAGAAAUGCGAGAUAAAGUCGUUGAGAAACAGAAGAAGGUGCUUGUACUCGAGGAACAGAUCCGAUCCAUCGCUUACGGUACCCAGAAACCGAUCCCGAUCAGACCUGUCAAUGAGCUGUCGACGGACCUUUCCAUCAUGUUUACCUCGAUCACAUACUUUUUGUCUCUAGAAUUCUUCGAUUUCGAAUUACAAACGACGCCCAUGUUGACGAAGCAGACGAACGCUCUUGACUUCACUACAAUCUACAGUGUGGUGGUGUCAAAUCUUUUCGUGCACUAUAUAGAAACGAACGGCAUCACAAUAGAACUAUACUCUCCGCAAAAUACUGCCUACAAGCUACUGGCUGCUGGCGUAGUCAACCUUAAGCCUCUCCUCCAGGAGAGGUCAGUGUUUGGCAUUCUAUUGUACUUUAAAUUGCAAGAUUGCCCCAAAACUCCUUUGAUCCAGAUUUUGGUUUAUUUCUUCUUUAACUUUUGUAUGGAGAUUUUAGAAUCCUGCAAUACUUCAUCUUUCUGUUCUGCCAGUAUUAUUCUCAUAAUUUCAGGUGAGCUGGAGGUGUGUGUCAUUUAUGAGUUCUUCUCCUUCUCGCCAUACUUCACGAACUAUGUGACAUCAUCGAAAACGGCUGAGUUCAAUUCUAAACGCGACUGGACACAGUCUUUUCAAACAAUGGAGAAUUUGACCGAAGAUAACGAAGGAGUCCUGUCAAUGCUUUCUUUGCCAUUGUCGCCUCUUCGAGAAAACAAAGCCAUCAAAGGAUCAUUCGAAAUGGUUAAGGCUGACGGCUCAGAUUGUGGCGUAUACUUGGAUGUGACUAUUAUGUGGAAAUUUGCUCUCAGCCAAGUUACGUCUAAGAAAGCCUCUUCAGGAGGAGAAACUCAGAAAGCAGUGGCUAGUCCACCAGCCGAGGUACGAUUACGGGCUUUCUUCUUCAACUUUUUUUAG